AUGACAAAUUCAGAUAUUUGUUUGAUUCCUGGCAAUGAUGAUGAGAAACUUCUUAUACAAUUGGAAGUAAUUAAUGAGGAGCUGCAAAGUGCCAAGCCAUGUUCCAUUCAAAAGAUUGGUGAUGAUGGAUCUAUAUUGCACUUGUGUGUUAGAUAUAAUCAUUUUGAGGCUUUGAAAUACAUAGUGCAAUCACUGAGUGGAUCCAAAGAGCUAUUGCAUGUUCAAGACAAAGAGGGUAACACCAUUCUUCAUUGGGCAGUUAACCUCAAGCAAAUUCAGACCAUAAAAUUCUUGCUUUCACUUCCCGAAAUGAGAGCAACAAUAAACACUUUGAAUAAUAGAGGUCUCACACCUUUGGAUAUAAUGAACAACAACUCUUCAACAGAUUUCCUAGACAUUGUAAUCCAAUACAUUUUAAUAGAAUCAGGAGUCCAAAAAACUUGUACAAAUGUACAUUCUAGUAAUUCUCAUGAAUCAAAUCAAUCACAACAAUCCAAUAGUAAAAUAAAAAAUUGGGAGAAUUUCUGGUCAAAGUAUCUACAACAUCAAGGUAAUUGGAUAGAAGAAACACGUGGCACAUUGAUGAUUGUAGCAACUGUAAUUGCAACCAUGACAUUUCAAUCGGCAUUAAAUCCACCAGGUGGAGUAUGGCAAGAGAAUACACAUAGAGGUGCAUACACAUGCAGAACUUAUGACAUUUGCAGAGCUGGAACUGCAAUUGUUGGUUAUGAUUGGUCACAAGCUUAUGUUAUAUUUAUGUCUUUUAAUACUCUCUCUUUUUUUGCUUCUCUUUGUGUUGUGUUGAUUCUUAUUUGUGGUUUUCCACUUCAUAAUAAGGUCAUAAUGUGGAUAUUAACAAUUGCAAUGAUUAUUGCGGUUACAUUUAUGUUGCUAACGUAUAUGUGGGCCAUUGGAUUGGUUACACCUGAUCAUAUUUAUUAUAAUGCUUAUAGAUUAGGGUUUAUUUUAGGUGGUGCUUGGGGUGUUAUACUUCUUGUUGUUGCUUUGAUUCAAAUUGUAAGGUAUAUUUUCUGGAUAAAGGAGAGGAAGAAGAAGCAGAUGCGCAUGUAA